AUGAAGAGGCAGAGUAGAAAGAAGCAUGGCCGUAGUGGUUCGUCAUCGUCAUCUGGCCGUACCAUUCAACUGUCUUCUAUUCGCCCUGAAAGUAUUCCAACUUCGGUUCUUCAUCGCUCGGAUAUCGACUAUAGCAGCCUCCAGUCUCAUCUUGCCCUUCAGGAUACUGAGAUGCGCUCUGUUCGUCUGGUCUUAGAGAAUAUCAUCGAGUUGAACCCGGAUUUUUCCUCCUUGAAUCUCCGUUUAACCAGCGAACGCGAGCUUCUUUGCCGCAUUGCUAACCAGCAUAUGGGUCUCUUCAAUGCUGGCCUUACCCGAAAGUUAAUCGAUCGAGAUCGCGAGACAGAUGCUGUCGGCUGGCUUUUGUACCAGUUUGUCCUUUUGUGUUUAAAGGAGAACCAACGUGCCGCUAGCCGUUCCGGAUCUGCUCGGGAGAGGUCAACUUCUCAGUCAAAUUCAGGACGCUCUGCUGCUUCUAAUUCGGAUCUUGAAUCGGUAGCCGUCAAUGAGUACGAAGAUGACGACAAUUAUGGUGAUGAUGAGCUUUUAUCAGACGACAACGAGAGCCCUGAUGCGGAUGACGAAGAUGAGGCCUUGGAGGAUGUUGAGGAUGAAGCUGAGCAGGAGCAACAAUUGCGAGGCGAAGGUUUUGAAAUCAGUAUUCAGGUUCCACAGCACAUGGUUGAUUCAUCGGAUUUGGAGCGUGAGCUCGAGGAUUACGAGGAAAACAUCGAGCCCAGAAUGAUUCUUCGCUACGGCAGCCCUGAAGUCCAACAACAAUAUCUUCGACGCCAAGGCAACGGUCACGGUGGGAUUGCAAUGCCCGAUUUUGGUCCACACUCCUCUGAUGAAGAAUCUUUCGUGGAGCCUAAAAUUGAAGCGUCUCGCUGCAAGGUCCUUUUUUUAGCUAUCUGCUUCUUGAUCCUCUUUCUGGUCGUUCUUGUUCUCUGUUACGUUCAAUACAUGCAUGAACAGCAACUCCCCGUUCGUCUCUGGGAUAACCUUAUCCUCAAUCUGCGUGAAACGAUCGCCAUGGCUACCGAUACGGCUAUGGCCCCGGUGGAUGAAUCACCAACACCUGUUAAGCUUAUCCUCACCAAGGCUACUGCGAAGAUUGUCAACAAGAUCGAUCUCUGA